UCUCACAAUCUACAAAGAUGUCGUUUGCCGGGAGAACUUUGACUGUGCUUGGCCGAUCUGCCAUCCGUACGCGCUGUACGGCUUUACAGCGUUACCGUGGAGACUUUUCGAAUGCACCAGGAGAUAAUAUGCCUUUCCAAGUAAAGAACAAGCCUAGGCUUCUGGCAACCAUGAUCCUCUAUCUAGGAACAUGCUUUACUCUUCCUUUCAUCUGUGUGAGAUUCCAAAUGGCGAAGCAGAAAGGUGAUUGAUGUUCAAGAACAAGGCAAAGACCUGGAAUGGAGUGAACAUCUGUUGGCAUUAUUAAAUGUGAACCUUUCCUCUUGAUAUAUGGUUUUUUUUCAAUGUUGUAAUAUUGUAACCUAGUAAUGUCUAAACUCAUAAUUGUUCGCUGAUUAGUGGUUUAUACUGGUUUUAUGCUUCAUUAAGUAUCAUUUAAAAGAUGUAACUUGAAUUGAAUAAACAGGCUACUUUGGAGUUUA